AUGCAAUAGAGUUCAUUCAUAUUAAGUAAUUAGCAAUAUGGUUCAAAGCAAUAAUUGAGAAAAGAUGUUAAAGAUUAGUUAUUUACUAGAUUUUAAAAUUAAAAGAAUCCAAUUUAGCAGGUAAAAGAAAAAGGGAUCAUCACAUGGAAACCUUUAGUAAAGACAACUCAAUCUCCAAAAUCACCUAGGACAUAAUAAGUGACUCCUUAAUAAUCCCCGUUAAGAGCCAAAUAAUACUCAAAACAUUCUCCAGGAAGAUUGUCUUUCUAAAAGUCAAGUCUUGAAUUGAAAUCUGUUAAUUCUAGGUAAUGUUAUAUUGCAAUUUUAUAGUUUGAUGAUACCCAAGAAAACACUUAAUGAAAUUGUGCCCGUUGAAAAGAUUUAAGAUUUAGUUCAAUCAUUAAGGGGUUAGAAUUAUGGGGCUUCAGAUUUAUAUAUGUAGGAAUUAAGAAAAUUGUCAAUUUUGGUUUUAAAUGAGUGA